CGCGUGAAAAACGGAGGGACGUGUGAGGAAGUAAAUUCGUCCUUUGUUGGCCUUUCAAAAUAGUAAAACGAGCUAUAAGUUAUGUUACACGAAUGAUCGCAUUUGUAAAUAAUAAACUCGUCGCUCUCCACCGGCACGUGACUCGUGCGUAACUGUCCUGCGUCAGAAGCGUCGCCUGAAACAGGUGGAAUUAAAUCCGGAAGUGUGAUGCGCCCCGUCCCGAAGAUGGUGUCCAGCUCUUCGUAACGCCAGAUAAACAGGAACAUAUGAGUGAUAAAAACACAAUGUCACAGCGAUUUGAUACAACAUAUAGUAUUUGAAUUGGCUACAGCUGAUAAUUAAUAACUUGCCUCUGAAGGAGGAUGCAUAUCAGCAGAGCCGACGGAGGCUCCUACACGGACAACCUCAUUGGAACAUUGCUUGCUAUUUUUGGGAAUGUUCUUGUCAGCAUCUCCUUAAGCGUUCAGAAAUACAGCCAUGUGAAGUUAACAGGAACCAAGGACCUGCGUGUCUUCUACCACACCAAAACCUGGUGGAGUGGGUUUGUCCUGCUGUGUCUUGGGGAGGGAGCCAACUUUGUUUCCUACGCCUUCGCCCCCAUCGCUCUCAUCACAACUCUAAACGCUGUGUCUAUCCUUACAAGCUCAAUUCUGGGUCUCAUUUUUCUGCGCGAGAAAUUGAAGCCAAGGGACUUUUCAAAGCGCUAUGGGCUGUCCUUCCUGGGCUAUAUUCUCACCAUAGGUGGAACAUACCUCUUUGUAGCAUUUGGACCAAACUCUCAUGAAAAACUCAGAGCAGAGAACAUUGUGAGACAUCUGAUAGGAUGGCCUGUUCUCUUGUUUCUGCUCCUGGAGAUCAUCACAUUCUCUCUGCUUUUAUACUUCUACAAGCACCGCCAUGCUAACUACCUCGUUAUUAUUCUGAUGCUGGCCGCGCUACUGAGCUCGGUCACAGUCAUCGCAGUGAAGGCGGUGUCAGGCAUGCUGGUUCUCACCAUUGAGGGCACCAUGCAGCUCGACUACCCGAUCUUCAGUGUCAUGUUUGUGUGCAUGGUGGCUUCAGUGGUCUGCCAGGCCGGAUUUCUCUCCCAGGCUUGUAAGCUGUAUGACCCCUCUGUGAUUGCCGGUGUCAACUACAUCCUCUCCACCGUCUUUGCCGUGGUUGCUGGCGCUGUGUUUUACGUAGAGUUUAAGAAUGAAGACGUUCUUCACAUCUGCAUGUUUUUGUUGGGAUCUGCUUUCUGUUUCCUUGGGGUCUUCCUUAUCACCAAAAACAGGAAAAGGACCAAGACCUUUGAGCCCUAUGUCACUAUGGAUAUGGUUACUGGUAUUCCGACUAUUCAUGACAAGGGCCUUUUUGUUCAGCCGGACACCAAUGGUGCGUUCUCCUAUGGGGCUCUGGUCAACAACGAUGGAGUGUCUCCUGCGACUCUCCCAGUCCACCGGAAACGACCACCAGUGGACUCGACAUAAAAGAAGAUUAAAGUAUUUUUAGUGGGUUUUUUUUCUCCUCUUUUCAACUAUAAACAAUAUUCAAGGACCUUGAAAGAUCAAGAUGGGUUCCAUUCUUUUAACAAUUACACAACCUCCAGCUCUAAAGGGGGAGUCCCCUGGGAGUUUAACUUUCCGUACACUCCUCUCCACUUGCUUUCCUUUUGGAUAUCUCUGAACCAAAACGUGACCUUGAGAAGCGUUCCAUUAUUUGAGAAGAUGUCAGCUGUAUUCAUUCCAAAAAUGAACGGAAGAAACCGGAAGCUGCUGCACGUUGUAGUGGAUUCCCAAUGAUACGAUAGCAGAGAUGGUGUUGUGCCUUGGAGCUUCCCCUACUUCUCACUUCCAUGACUGUUAAGCAAUUUAGUGCUCAUUAAUAAGUGCAUAAAGGGAUCUGUUCUUCCAUUGAGGAUUAUGAAGAUACUCCUCAAAGAUAUAAAAUGUUGCUUCAGACUUGCCAAGGAUCAUUGUGACUUUAAAUAUCUGCCUCUGACUCUCUCUGAAAUGAGUGGUUUUCACUCCAUAAUGUUGCCUCUUGUUCUUGGAAUUGCAUUGUUUUGCUAUUUUUCCUGAUGGGGCUAAAAGUGAAUGCACAUUUUCUAAUUUAUUGUCAUGUAUUUAUUGAUUUUGAAGUUAGCUUUUAGCGUGCCUUAAAAAAAAAAAGGUUUACUGUAAAGGGGGCACAUAACCCAGGUAGGUGAGUGAAGCAUCACUAGCAGUUCUAAAAGCAACUGUAAUAUGUCAGUACCUAUUGGAAUAACAAUCUAAAACCUUUGAAAAGAAAGGUGAUAAUAACACUUUGAAUGACUCAAACAGAAGGAAGCAUCUUGAAAUAACAGAUAAAGAUGAAAUGUUCACUGUUGAGUAUAAAAAGGUCAACAUUUCGUUUUUGGCCAAAAGUGUGUGUUUGUUCCUUUUUUAACCUGACGAAAUGCAUCUAUGGUACAAUGUUUUAAGUACGUGUUUUAUGAUUACAUUUGAUAAAAUACUCCAUAAUGAAUGAAUGGAUGGCGCCAUUGAUUCAUUAAUUUCUGCAGGGUUAUUAAAGCAGCCGGGCCUUUUCUCAGUAUUCAGUAGUUAUGUGUGUGUGUGUGUAUAUAUCCCCAUCACUGUGUGAACCAACUGAAGCCUAUCUUGUUAUUAAAACUGCCAACUAAUGA